AUGGGGGUCAACCAGGGCGAGGGCAAGCACGCGACGAAAAGCGUCAUCGUUCUUCACUGGCAGAACUGGAUCACGGGCAAGACUGCGGCAGAAGAGCAGGAGUCGGUGAAUCGCUGCGAGCGCCGCCCCGCCAUGCCGCCGGAUGACAAGAUGGGCGUGGCCGCGUUGUUGCUGGCCUUCCAAAUCAAGCGCCCGGCAGCGCGGGGGGCGACCACGCGCGAGUUCAGCAGCGAAGGGGGGAACGAUCAAACGCGGGCCAGCGUUGAGAUGGACACUGAGGGAUUGCGUCGCAGCAAGUUGUUGGGCGAUUUCGAGGGCAUGGCAGAGAAGAAGGAAGCCACGGGCAGCAAAGACAAGCCGUACGUCCGCAUGUUGCCAAUGUUUUGCGCCAGGCACGUGCGCAAUAUCAAGGUUGGCAACGGAUAUCUCGAGAGCAUCACCGUCAACAGUGGGGUGAGGCGGUUCCGCAGCUUGGCGGCCCAGGCUCGUCUGGAGCACGAGCAGGCUGCCAUGUCGGCAGGCGGCGGCAAGCCGUGCCUGACGCGCGUCGUGUUCCGGUGCAGGUUCGAUGACGUUCAGGUGGACCAGGAGGUGCGGGUGGUCGGCGAUAGCGACCAGCUUGGCAACUGGACGCCGGAGAAAGGUGUUGUUCUGGAGGAGUCGCUCGACGUCUCGGGAUGCUACUCGUCGCGAGCAGUGCUGAUGCCCCUGGGCAAGACCGCGAGCUACAAGUACUUGGUUGUGAAAAAGGGUAGCGGCGAGGUUGCAUUCUGGGAAGAGCGGGAGGUGCGCGGCGCCGGGUUCGGUGCCGCGUUCUGCGCGGUCGGCCAGUUCAACGAAGAGCUCCACGGAGUCGCGGAGGAGGUCGAUGUGUCGGAGGAGGACACCGUCUUUGUUGUCUUUCGAAAGCUGCCGUUCCGCGUGGAGCGCGUCACAGGCACGUCAGCGUUGUCGGCGGCGCACGCGGGUUUCCGGGUGGUCACGACCGACUCGUUCGUUGGUGACCCUGGCAUCCACACCGAGGACAAAGAGGAGCAGGCGGCCAUUAGCAAGCUGCUUGCACCCUACGGCUGCAUCCCGGUGUUCGUGCCGAAGAAGACGAACGAUCAGUUCUUAGAGUUCUGCAACAUGCUGCUCUGGCCCGUCAUGCACAACACCAAAGUGAACAAGGAUGACCUGGCCGAGUCCGAGGUCGAGGAGGCCGAAAGCCGAAGGCUGGACGAGGCCCGGUGGAAGAGCUACAAGGCCGUGAACACGGCCUACGCCGAGGUGUUGCAGGCCCAGAGCAGCCCUGCCGACCUCAUCUGGGUCCACAACUACUACCUUCUCCUGGUGCCGCGGUACCUGAUCCUCAGGCAGCCCGCGGCGCUGGUAGGGUUCUUCCUGCACUGCGCCUUCCCGAGCUCUGAGGUGCUGCGGUGCCUGCCGAUGCGGGAAGAGAUCGUGCAGAGCAUGCUCUCCUGCAAGGUUGUCACCUUUCAGAUCUUCGAGUACGCGCGGCACUUCAUUUCGUGCUGCGCGCUCCUCCUCAGGACGACCACGCACUCGUUCCAGAGCGGCGGUGUGUUGCAAAUCGAGCACGAGGGCAGAACGAUUGUCAUUCGAGCCGACCACUUCGUGCUGCCGUUCUCGCGCUUCACGGACCGGCUGGAAAAGGUCAUUCGGCGGUGA